CUAGCAGAAGGACAACAAAGAUGGAGUUGUGAACUAGUAGCAAGUUAGCUUCCUAAUGACGGUCAAUUCCAGUUUUUGUGUAACUAACGUUAAAAAGGUGGACGUUACCAACUGAUUGAAGUGGCGUGAUGCGAGUAUAUCGAAGUGAUACAUAGUUUCGGUGUUAUAGUGCUCAUGAGAAGCUGUCCGACGGGUAAACACACCGGUAUCUUGGCUACGACAAAGACAACAAGGCUUAGUAGCUACCUGGGUUAGCUAAGUAACAUCUGCGCCUUUUCUCUCCAGCUAGUUAACAAGCAAAGAGCGUGACUACGACAGACAUGGAGAAGUCAGAUUUCCUGAAAGGACUACCAGUCUACAACAAGACUAACUUCAGCAGGUUCCAUGCAGACUCUGUGUGUAAAGCAUCAAACCGUCGACCAUCUGUGUAUCUUCCAACACGGGAAUAUCCAUCAGAGCAGAUCAUAGUCACAGAGAAGACAAACAUCCUACUGCGAUAUCUUCAUCAACAGUGGGACAAAAAGAAUUCAGCAAAAAAACGAGAGCAGGAACACGGCGAAGUGGAGAACACAGCGCCUCCACGGAAAAUUGCCAGAACAGACAGUCGGGAGCUAAAUGAGGAUUCGUGAAUUGCUGUGCUGUUGAUUCACACCCAGCAGAGACUGACCUAUAUAAACAAAAUGCAAACACAGAUUCAGAAUAUAUGUUUGCAAACCCAGGCCUUGACACUGAAGCACACCGGGAUUGAUACAUUCAGACCAUUGCAGGCAUGACAUUAAUCUAAAAAAAACAAAAAACAUUGGUCUUAAUGUUUUACGUCAUAAUUCCUCUUGAACCAAAAACUUUUCCCCUCAAUUUAUUUAGUACUUUCACCCAGUAUUUUAUUUUUUUCCAAGACACCUCAGCCUCAAAUUUCAGUCUUUGUGGUUUGGAACAGCAUCUACCUCCUGAUUCCUCAUUCCCUCUGAUUUUCCUUCACAAAGGCUCACACAGUUUUCUUUUAAAUAUGUAGCUCCUUUGCUGCCAUUUAAGGGUUUAUAGCUGUAGUUAUUCAUAGCAUCUCUGAGAUAUGCACAUAUUAAUUUAAGUCUACGUAAGUGGUUGAGUAGCAUGCCAUCUGUUGUUGUUCCCACUCCAUUAGAAUGUUUUUGUUUUGAAUAACGUAACUACAGUGGUCCAUAAAAUGUUGUUUUGGCAAAUCCUUUAUGUGA